CCUGAUUAAUUGAAGCGACCUCGAAUUCAUACGAAUCCACUUCAUGUGUUAGCGAAGGAUCGAGAAUAAGACGAUGGACCGUUUGCUCCGGUUGCUCCUGGGCCUUCUUGCCAUCCUUAUCCCUGUACUAACCACCAACCCAACGAACAAUUACCAGUCAACAAAGGCUCAAGAAAGGGAGAAGCUGGCCGAGUUUCAACAGGAGCUGACGAAAAAUGUGAAAGAGACCAACGACAAGCUAAACGAUUUGGCCAAACUCGUUGACGAACGCUUCAAUCAGACCAUGCAAAAGGCGACAACAAAUCAGGAACUCUUGCAGAUCGUCAUUCAGAAAUUGAAUCACCUGGCACAAAUUCCUGAUAAUGAGGUUUUCCAGCUUGGUAAAAUCAAAAAAUUCCACGUGCCAAUCAACUGCACCCUUCCUCGAUUAUCUACAAUGACGACGGCGACAAAUGGCAAAAAAUACUUUUUCUCGUACCCAACCGAAGCUUUCUGGGCUGUGGCUAACGAGAGUUGUGCCGAAAGAGGUCUCCUUUUGGCCACUGUGAGCAACCAAAUUGACUUGGACGCGGUUCAUCAAAAAGCGAGGGAAAUAAAACGCGGGGACGAGUGGUGGGUUUCGGCGAAAAAUCUCGGAGGCGAGAGUCAGUUGGACUACCGUUGGCACGACGGAUCCAAAUUGGAGCAAAGCAGCGCCUUGUGGGCCAAUGGAACCGUCAAGAAUAGAGGCUGCGUCGAAAUCAGGACGUACGAAUUCAGCAAACUCUACAGCGCGUCCUGCUCCACUGAAAAAAGCCAUUACAUCUGCGAAUUGCCCACCGAAUGCUACUGAAAAACAUGAUGGCUUUUCUUUAAUUUUUAGACAAUAGUUUCAUUUUCUUUUUGGCCUUUAUUUUUUGGCGAUUAAUACACAAUAAAAAGAUAUCAAAAUAAAUAUGUUUGCUUAAUUAACAUGGCAUCAUUUGGCGUUGCGAUCAAAACUGAACUUACUCAUUUUUCUCAGAUAAAAGAUGUGCAUCUCA